AGCCUCAUGCAAAGACUCCCUUCAAUAAUAUAAAGUUCAAUUUAUUAUACCCAUCAAACAUAUAUAGCUUCCAUAUUCUAACACUCUUCAGAGAGAACAGAUCAGAGCACUAAUUAAUAUAAUUUGUUCGUUGUUCACCUUCAAUAAUUCUCAUCCCAUUUUCUUAUUAUGAAACUCCAAAGAACGCAUGUCAUAUCCAAAGGCCCGAGGAAACUACAACCGCAAGUACUAUAGUUGCAACCCCACGAUAACCACUUAUGUACAUACCUUUUCAUGCAUUUGGAUAAUUUUUCUAUUACCAAUGUAUGCAGUCAAUGCUACCCAACGUGUCAAGAAAGCCACGACUCUCCGUCAUUUGUAGCAGGACACGUCAAAUAAUAUUGUGCUGACUAAGCCAUUCUCAGUACUGGCACAAGAAUCAGAUGCUGAGACAGUUUAUAAAGCUCCCAAUCUUAUGAAACGAAUAUUAAGUUUAUUUAAGAACGUGCGGCCAGGAUCUGAUCUUACUCACUUUCAGCUGCCAGCUCUAUUUAACUUGCCAAAGUCAACACUCCAAAUCUAUGGUGAACAAGUGUACUCCACAAGCACAGAUUUGCUAAGCAUGUGCAACAAAGGGAAGAGUCCUGUUGAUAGACUCACUUCUGUUGUGGCAUGGUAUAUAUCUACCAAACGCCCUACAAUCUUUGGAGUUGUUCCCUACAACCCCAUCCUUGGAGAAACACACCAUGUUUCUAAAGGAAAUCUUAAUGUCUUGUUAGAGCAGGUUUCUCACCACCCUCCAGUGACUGCCCUCCAUGCAACUGAUGAGAAGGAAAACAUUGAAAUCAUAUGUUGCCAGUAUCAUAUUGCAAAGUUCUAUGGUGCCACAGUGGAAGGUCAUAUACAUGGAAAAAGGAGGUUGAAGCUCCACAAUCAUGGAGAGACAUAUGAAAUGAAUUCUCCUGACUUCUCAAUCAGAUUUCUUCCAGUCCCUGGGAACAAUUGGGUUGGCAAUGUCAAUAUCAAAUGCCUUGAAACAGGACUUGUUGCAGAGUUAAGCUUCACAACGCAAUCUUUCCUUGGAUUUCGGGGAAAUCGAAGAGCAGUUAAGGGCAAGAUCAUUGAUUCAUCUUCAAGGAAGAUACUAUGUGAAAUUAAUGGUCAUUGGGAUAGCACUGUAGCAGUGAAGAAUACAAUUAAUGGAGAAGAAAGAGUGAUACUUGAUGCAAGAGAAGUCAUUUCAGGGCUCCAGACUCCAAUUGUUAAGGAUUCAAAGAGUGUGUGGCCAACUGAAUCAGCUAUUGUUUGGGGCCAAGUAAACCAAGCCAUCAUGAACAAAGAGUGGGAGAAAGCAGUAAAAGCAAAGAAAUUUGUGGAGGAAAGGCAAAGGGAGAUCUUAAGAGAGAGAGCCUCAAAAGGGGAAACUUGGGUGCCUAAACAUUUUUCUUUGUCUCACACCAAAGAAGGGGACUGGGACUGUUUUCCUGUUCAAAAAUUGGUCCCACCCUCCCCUAUAGUCUCCUAGGAAUUUUCUUUUACGAAAAAAAUGUUAUGUAUACAUAUAAGGUGUGAAAUACUGUGACGCAGGAGCAAGUAGGCUUAGUAGGUUAAUUAUAUUAGUUAAUUGUAAUAAGGGAAUAUAAGUCCUAUAUUGUUUAGGAUAGUGAACUUUAUGUUAUGUUUUAGUCCCACAUCGUCCAAGUUAUGAAGGCUUUUCCUUCUGCUACUAGUAUAAAUAACUCAUGUACCUUUUAUUUAUAAAAUAGAAUUG